CUGAUUUUUAUUUAGAUGAGGUGUGUGUGCGGUACGGACCGGACGUUUUGAUCGUCAGCUAAAUUGCUGCACUGCCAGCAAAACCUCUCACUACUCUCAAUCAUAACAUUAACAGUUUUACUGGAGACCAUCUAUGUUAUCUCAUUUUGUCGCCGAGGCAGAUGCGGUGAUGUGUUGUCCAUAAGAAUUGUCUUUUGAGACUGUGACUUACAGUGCAUUUAACAGCAGCUAUCGACAAUGGAUCUUUUGAAAUCCAUAACGCACCCGGAUGAAGUCUACGCCCUGCUGAAGUUCAAAUUCGGCGCCGGCCCAACAAAACCAAAACAGGAUCAUGCCUCCAUGACCAAAACCGCUAGAAAAUGUUACAAUUACCUCAACCAGACCAGCAGAAGCUUCGCAGCCGUCAUACAAGCGUUGGAUGGCGACCUCCGACACGCUGUGUGCAUCUUUUACCUGGUACUCCGCGCGCUGGACACCGUGGAAGAUGACAUGACAAUCCCCCUCAAGGAGAAGAUCCCAAUGCUGCAGACGUUCCACGAGAAGUUGGAGGACCCAACUUGGAACUACACCAAGAGCAAGGAGAAAGACCGAAUCGUUCUGGAAGACUUCCAGGCGAUAGCGCAAGAGUUCAGAAGUCUCGCAGAGUGCUAUCGCGUCGUCAUCGCAGACAUCUGCAAGAAAAUGGGACACGGGAUGUGCGAGUUUGCUCAACGAGAUGUCUUGACCAACAAAGACUGGGACCUGUACUGUCACUACGUGGCGGGUCUCGUAGGCAUCGGCCUCUCUCGACUCUUCUCAGCCUCCGAGCUGGAGGACGCCAUCGUCGGAGAGGACACCGAGCUGGCUAACUCCAUGGGCCUCUUCCUACAGAAGACCAACAUCAUCCGAGAUUAUCUUGAGGACAGCCUCGAAGGAAGGGAAUUCUGGCCGAAGGAGACAUGGAGUAAAUACGCAUCCAAACUGAGCGACUUCCAGAGAUCCCAGAAUCUCACCUCCGGCCUCCACUGCUUGAACGAGCUGAUCACCAACGCCUUGCAUCAUGUCCCCGACGUCCUCAAGUACAUGUCCAGACUCCACAACCAGAGUGUCUUCAAUUUCUGCGCUAUCCCUCAGGUUAUGGCUAUCGCUACGUUAGCCGAGUGCUACAAUAACCCGAAGGUGUUCAGAAGCGUCGUCAAGAUCCGGAAGGGCCAAGCAGUUAUCAUGAUGCUGGAAGCAACGAGCAUGGACAGCAUCAGGACGAUCAUCAGCAAUCACAGCCGACAGAUUGGCAAAAGCACGCCCAGCAACGACCCAUCGGCCGAGCUGACGCGGAAGAUAGUCUCCACCAACUUGGAGCUGAGCCACACUGCCUCCGCCCAGCUGACCACACCCAGUUACUACCCUCCUCUCUACAUGUCUCUUGGGAUCAUGCUGGUUCUGAUCCUGUACAGUUACGGCAGCCAGAUACUCCACUACAUCCAUUCCUAAACAGAACCUAAGCACCUGUUUCAGUGAAAAAGUCACAUCGUGCUGGCAUUUGUCAAAUGAGUGUCUGUGAAAACAGUCCUAUUGUUGGUGGUAUAUAUGUCAAUAAACCCUCCGAGCAGCGAAGUGGUGAUUUCAUUCUCCACAUUUUCCAAAUAUGGGCAUAAUUUUUUUUUCAAUGGGCCAAAAA